GGUUGUGAGUGAGAUGUGGACGCCGGCGGUGGUCUCUGUGUGCCUGCUGGCCGCGUGGGCCGGCGCUCUGCCCUCCUCUGGCCCUCGCAGGGCGUUGCAGCUGCCCGGUGGGCGCAUCGUGGGCGGCGAACCGGCCGAGAUCUCGCAGUUCCCGUGGCAGGUCUCGGUGCUGUGGUACGGCCAGCUCGUCUGCGGCGGCUCCAUCAUCAGCAGCAGAUGGGUGCUAACAGCAGCGCACUGCGUCGACUACGGUAGCGCGCGACAGUAUGCAGUUCGAGCCGGUAGCUCCAUAUACUACCAAGGUGGAACUGUGUACAGGGCCGCUCAGUUAAUUCUUCACAACAGUUAUAGUAGUGUGACGACCGAUUACGACGUCGCUCUCAUCAAAAUAAGGGGCACCAUUUGGAUGGGUGACAAAGUGAAGACGGUCAAUCUGGGAACAUCUGAACCAGCAGCUGGAACCUCCAUGAAUGUCACCGGUUGGGGCACUACAGACACAGGGUCAAUCUCCAGCACACUUCAAUACGUCACCGUCAAGAUCCAGGAGCGCUCGUCGUGCAACAAAACCUACGGCGGCAGAGUCACGGAGCGCAUGAUCUGCGCGGGCGUAGAGCAAGGCGGCAAGGACUCGUGCCAAGGAGACAGCGGCGGACCGCUGGGGGCGGGAUCCACCCAGUAUGGCAUCGUCUCUUGGGGCACGGGAUGUGGUCUGCUGGGAUACCCCGGCGUCUACUCCAGCGUCGCUGCUCUGCGUUCUUGGAUUCAGGAUCAUACGGGUGUAUAGUCAAGUACACCUCGUCCAGAGUCAUUUUGCCUACCCAAAAACAUCGAAUUUCAAUAAAGUAUUAUGGAUACAAGCGUUUUCUGAAAUCAUCAUGACCAGUGUUCUACCCAAAAGCAGUUUUUUCCAUGGCAGUUCUGCGUGCCCUCCUGUCUUCUGCUAUCCUCUUCUGGUUCACAUAAUUUCCAGAUCCCUUUAUGACGUCUAACAUCUUGCAUCUCCUCCUUCCUCUCAAUCUCCUGUCACGAACUGAAUCUGCCAAACCGUCUGUUUGCAGGCACUCCCGUCUCGUCGAAUGUCCCAUCCAGAUCUUCUUGCUUUCUACUAUAACCUGCAGCAGUCUUCUUCUCCCACCAACACAUUCCUACAUUCUUUCGUUACUUGCUCUUUCCACCCAGCUUAUCCUCACCACUCUCCUCCUCAUGCACAUUUCAGAUUCUUCUAGCCCCUUUCUCAUCAUUUCGUCUCAGUUUCCGUGUUUCUGCCCCCUAGGGCGCCACGUUUCAGGCGAAACAGUUGCCAAGCCUUUUCCUCAUACCUCUAUCUAGUUGGCCACAUAAUAAUCUCCUUUUUCUACAGAAUGCCUCUUUCGCUAUAGUAAUACGAGUUCCAGCUCCUAAUGGAAUCUCAAGCAUUCAGUAAUCAUACUUCCAAGAUCUUAGUAAACCCUCUUACUUGGCUUAAAACAACUUGCUCUAUCUUAAUAUGUGCAAAUCUCCAUCGUUUUUCGAUCACCGUAAUGUAUGUGUUUACCGUAUUAACUCUCAUCCCAUAUUACACACAAGCGUCAUUCAUAUUUUUUAGGAUUUUAUUUACAGUUAGUUUACUUUCUGCGUCAUCUCAUUAACAAAUCAUAUACAUUCUAUUCUGUUUCCACCAAUAGACACUCCUGUUUUUCCAUCUAAGUCUUUCGUAAUAAUCUCUUCCAUGUAUAAGUUUAGCAAUAAAAGGAGAGACAACAUCCUUGUCUAACGCCCUUUCCAGUGCUGCUUCCUUCAGACAUGUCAUUUCCAAACUUUAUUCUUACUUUCUGUUGUAAAUGUAGGUUUUGAACCAAUCGUCUCCGUUUCCUGUGUACUCCUUUCCUCUUCAAAAUAUCCAUUAGCUUGUUCCCUUGUAGACUGCCGAAAUAUUUUUCCAAAUCAAUGAAACACAAUAAAUUUCUCAACCUUCCUCAAUACAUCUUUCUCUAUUAUCCUUAACAUCCCAGCAGAAUCUGUUGUUCCUUUUCCUCUUCUAAAUCCGAGCUGUUCCUGCCCAGUCCAUCCUUCUAACUUUCCAUAUAGCCUUCUGUUCAACAUUCUCGGCAAUACUUUAGCUGCAUGAGAAAUCAGGCUGAUAGUCCUACGAUUUUCUAAUUUUUUGGUAUUUCUCUCUUCUCUCUUUCUCUUACAAGAAAAUCAUCUGAUCAUUCCUAUUUUUCUUAUAUAUUAUUACAGAGGUAGACUGUUUCCUUAUUUCUCCUAUUUCCCAACCUCUUCAACACUUCUGCUGGCAAGUUACUAAUUGCAGCUGCCUUCCGAUUCUUCAUCUUCUUAAGUGCCUGUUCUGCUUUUGCUUCCAAGACGCUGUGCCCCUUUCCAUCUUGCAAUACACAUUCCUCCUUUUCAAGCUUGAUUUCACUUGGUAUUUCACGCAUCUGCUCACAACAUCGUGUUAUUCUUCUGCUAAUGUACCGUACACUCAUUCUAUUUCCGUGUAAUUUUUUUUACUUUCUAUCUAGCUUAUUUGUACAUCAUUUCAUAGUUUUCCACUCUCUCUAUUUUCUCUGUUUCCUCGCAUUUACCUUUCAUUGCAUCUUUCUCUUGCUUCUUCAGUCCCUCUUCUUAAUCCUUUAUUCAGUUUUAUGUGCCUCUUUUUGCCCUCUUCAUUUUCCACAUUUUUCCAAUUUCUCGUUUGUCCCACCUUUUUCAACGUGUUUUCGUUGUCCAUUCUUUCCUGAUACUUUUGGACACUGAAGUUCCGAGUACUUCUUUGGCGAAGUCCACGAGCCCUUCCCUCAAUUUUAUCCAUUUGUACUUUACACAUUCUUCCUCUCUACCUCUCUCCCAUUUUUCGAUAAAUCUGUUUUCCAGCUCUAAAGCCAUUUCUACCUUCUUAUUUCUUAAAUAAGUGAUGAUAUUUCUGAUUCGAAUGGUGUUACCAAUAACUAAAAUGGUCAGAUGUAAUUAAAGGACUGAUGACCUCGGCAGUUAAGUCCCAUACUGCUCAGAGCCAUUUGUAG